AUGUCAUCUACUAUUCAUGCUCUUACUCCAGCUAGAAGAAUUAAAAAACCUUCCUAUUCAACAGUUGCAACAUGGGUUAAGGAAUCAUGGGACGAAGUUGAUGAAGAUCUUAUUAGAAGGUCAUUUAAAUUUUGCGGAAUUUCAACGAAUGCCGAUAGUUCAGAUGAUAAAGACUUAUUUGAUUAUGAUAAAUUAUUGGACAUGCCGGAGGAUGAAGAUGAAGUAGAUUUAGAAGAUAAUUCUGGUGAUGAAGAAUAUAUUGAAGAAAAUGAUUAUGAAAAUGAAUGGGAAAUUAGAAUGGAUAAAGGUAAAAAUAAUGAAAUUAAUUGUAGCAAUGACAAUAGUGAAGGGGAAGAUAGAAAUCAAAAUUAA